AUGGUCCUGAACACUCCUUCUCCACCCAAAACAGAGGUGGAUGCAACCACGGCGACGCCAGGGCCACCCGGGACGCCGUUGGUUUUCGACGCUGCUUUCCAUAGCCAGCAGGCCGACAUCCCCAAGCAGUUCGUCUGGCCCGAAGAUGAGACGCCGACUCCCGACGCCGACGAAGAACUCGUCGUCCCCAUGAUCGACCUCGGCGGGGUCAUGUUCGGCGACCCCGCCGCUGCUGCCAUGAUCACCAGGUCCAUUGCGGACGCGUGCCAGCAGCACGGGUUCUUCCAGGUCAUCAACCACGGCAUCGAUGCCGGGCUCCUGGCGGAGGCCCUCCGCUGGGCGGAGGCCUUCUUCGUGAUGCCGCUCGCCGAGAAGCAAAGGGCGCAGAGGCGGACGGGCGAGAGCUUCGGCUACGCCAGCAGCUUCACCGGGAGGUUCACCGACAGGCUGCCAUGGAAGGAGACCUUCACGUUCCGCUUCUCGCCUUCGCCGCUUGCCGGCGACAUCGUACAGGACUACGUCGUCCGCACCCUCGGGGAAGACUUCCGUCACUUCGGGGAGGUGUACCAGCGUUACUGCGAUGCGAUGAGCAACCUGUCGCUGCAGAUAAUGGAGGUGAUUGGGCUGAGCCUGGGGAUGGGGCGGGCGCACUUCCGUGACUUCUUCGGGGACAACGACUCGAUAAUGCGGCUGAACUACUACCCGAGGUGCCAGAAGCCGGAACUCACGCUCGGCACCGGCCCCCAUUACGACCCCACCUCGCUGACCAUCCUCCUCCAGGACGACGUCCAAGGCAUGCAGGUCUUCGCCGACGGCAAAUGGCGGACCAUCAGCCCCAAGCCCAAUGCUUUCGUCGUCAACAUCGGCGACACCUUCAUGGCGUUGUCGAACGGGAGGUACAAGAGUUGUCUGCACAGGGCAGUGGUGAACAGCAAGGUGGCGCGGAAGUCGCUGGCCUUCUUCAUGUGCCCGGCCACCGACAAGGUGGUGCGACCGCCGCCGGAGCUGGUGGACGCCGACCAUCCCAGGGCGUACCCAGACUUCACAUGGCCCGAGCUGUUCCAGUUCACCCAGAAGCAUCAUCGACCUGACAUGAACACACUCGACGCCUUCACGAGUUGGAUUGCCGCUGCGGUGCCACAGUGA